GAUUAGUUUUGUCAGAUAUAUGAAUGACUGAGCGCGGCAUCAAGAAUCCAUGCUCGGAUUGGACUGUGGUCAGACAUAUCGAGAGCGAUCUCCUUUUGUUCCCGGUGUCAAAAAUGUCAUCAUCUGCACGACAAGAUUUCCAAAUCCUUCAGAGAUGUCUGGUAUUGAUGGAUCGGUGGAUGAGAUAAACGGCACAGAGGUUAACAGUGAGAGUUUCCUGAGGUUCAGCCCUACAACCGUUUCUACAGGCGCGGCCACUGUCUCAUAUAGCCGGACUGCGAAUGUGUAUGUCUACAUCUCCAUCUUCCUGAGCCUCCUGCUCUUCCUGCUUAGCCUGUUAAUCAUUGCUCUGCACAGGCUGAAGAACAUCAUUUCUUCCAGUUCUACAUACCCGGAAUGCAGCAGUGAAGCAGGGAGCUCCUUCACUAACAUGGAGAUCUGCAGCAUUUCCUCACAGAGAUCAACCGUGUCAUCACUGUCCUGCUGA